AUGAGCCAUUUUAGUGUAGUGGUUUAUGCAUCAGGCAAAAAACAAGGAGGCCUUAGGCACAAAGGACAGCAAUUGCCAUAUCAAAAGCCUUGGACUUCUGAAAGAGAUCCCAAGAUGCAUCUACUGUUCUGCACUCUCUUCCUUUCACUGAUCAUAGAUGGGCCCCUGGCCAAUGAAGUCAACAGUAAUCUUGAACUCCAAAAGAGAACAGUGAAGAAAAAUCCUCCACAGUUGAUCCCAGAUGAACCCAACAGUGCUCAAGACCAGAAUGAUGACAUCCAACAUUCUAGUAGAAAUGUUAGCGUUUUCUACGAAACUACUAUGAGUUGGACUUUAUUCCCAGGAUCUCUACCCACCGGAGCUGUGUCUUACUGGAAUAGCUAUGCUGGCAGAUGGGAAUAUCCUUGCAUUGAACAGUGCUGCGCUGCUGGCUACUACAGUCCAAGCCAGGGUCCUUACUGCUAUUACCCAUACGGAAACAAAGAAUAUUCCACUUCUGAGUUCUGGAUUUUGGUGAAUGGACAUGACUUUGAAACCCUAAGCUGGAGAGGGGGUUCAUGGGGUAAAGUCCCACCCAACUCCAUCAACACCUGUGCAGGUAUAAAUUUAUAUGUUGGUAAAAAUAAGUAUGGAUUAGGGAAGGUAGAUACUAAAAAUCAAGCUUUCUUCCUUGGUUGGAAUGGUAAGGAGUACUGGUAUAAACACUAUGAUGUCCUGACCAUUAAUAAGGACUAUCGCUCACAGAGCAUCUCCAGUGUCAGGUACUUUCUAGACCAGGGAUCAUUCACUGAAUCAGGCAUAUCCAUAGUCUCUAGCAAAGUUACCAACCAUGAUUGUAGGCCAGUGAAGAAGUCAACCACCUUAUCAGGAACAGUGACCUCUGAACAUAGCUGGGAUGUGGGCCUUUCCUUCUCUCAGGGCAUAGGCUUUACAAUGACAGCAGGGAUACCUGAAGUCUUCGGAAUAUCAUGGGGCAUUUCAUCAGAGAAGACAUUUAACUGGACUAAAGGUUACACACGGAGUGAAUCAAUCACUUACUCUGACACAGUUGAAGUUGAAGUCCCACCCAACCACCACUGUGAACUGGAAAUGGGUGGCAUGAAAAUGAGAGCGAGUAUUCCCUUCAAUGCUACUGCUACUCGUUACUAUCAUAGUGGAGCAACCCGAAUUGCCCCCAUCCAAGGUACCAGUCAAAAUGCAAUUGUGGCUCAAGUACGAACAGUGAUCAAGAGGUGUGAACCUAUCCCAGAUGCACUUCCAUGUAGUACAGAAAUCCCAGAAGUGAUCUUCUAGCCAGGUUAAUGAUUGUGUUCUCACAUAUGCUCAGCCUAGUUCAUGAAUUAAUCUAAUUCAUGGAUUCUUCACUACACUGAAUUUAUCAAAUGAAUGGGCUUGUUCAACAUAUUAGCCAUUUUAAAAAAAAUAAUUAAAAUCAAGAGUAGUAUUUUAUAUGAAUGCAGCCGCUAAGUUUUUAUUACUAUGGCUGACAUUCUGAAUAAACUAUACUAGAGAAAGGCUAAUACUGGAAUUAAUGACCAUAAAAGUUCCACUACAAAAUGAAGCUGUUCUCUUUUUGUAUUCAGUGUGCAUUUUCUACUCUUUAUCUUGUCCUCCUCUUCCAAUGGUUGAUCUAAUGUUGAACUUUCUUUUCAUAGCUAGUGAAAUACUGCUACUGUACAAAAGUAACAUUAAAAACAUUCAAAAAUGGUUUAAA